AUGUACCAUCCCAAUAACCACCUCAAACCACCCACAAAACCAAACCUAACUUCCCAAUUCACCCCAAAAUGCCCUUAUCACCUAACCCUCCCGUUUCUCCCAUCUCCCAAACCCUUCAAACUCCCCAUCCUAACAUGCUUCUCCUCACCAACCAAAACCCUAUUCUCAAUCCUACGCACAAUCCCCGACUGGGCCGACCAAACCCAAGAACGCGGAAUGCAAAAAAACCGAACCCUCUACAACCACACAGACUGGGUCCAACACCGUUCCUCCCUCCGUCACGUGCGUCACUUUUUCUCUAGUCUCUCCUCACGUGUCAUCCUCUCUCUUGUUCCCCCCGUUCUCUUCUUCACCUCCUUCGCAGCUGCUAUUGCCACGUAUAACUCCGCCGUCUACUUCCAGUUGUUGCCCGAGUUUUUUCCUGUCUUUAGAGCUUCUUCGCUGCCGUAUCAGCUUACUGCGCCCGCGCUUGCGCUGUUGCUGGUUUUUCGGACGGAGGCUUCUUAUAGUAGGUUUGUGGAAGGGAAGAAGGCUUGGACUUCGGUUAUUGCGGCUGCCAAUGAUUUCGCCAGGCUUGUUAUGGCUGUUGUUGAUACAGGGACUCAAUCUGAGUAUGACCUCAAGAAUGGCCUUUUGAAUUAUAUUAUUGCUUUUCCUCUUGUUCUUAAGUGUUAUGUGUUGUAUGGUUCAGACAUUGAGAGAGAUCUUCAACAUUUGCUAGAAGUAGAUGAUAUAGCAUUGAUCAUGAAAUCGAAUCAUCGACCCCGCUGUGUUAUUGAGUUUAUAUCGCAAAGCAUUCGGCUACUAAAAUUGGAGGAUUCUAGAAGAAAUAUCCUGGAAUCAAAGAUCACUUGUUUCCAUGAAGGAAUUGGCUUAUGCGAACAGCUUAAGGGUAUUCCUAUUCCGUUAUCAUAUACACGCUUGACUUCAAGGUUUCUUGUCCUAUGGCAUCUGACUCUACCUAUCAUACUUUGGGAUGAAUGUCACUGGAUUGUGGUUCCUGCUACCUUUAUCAGUGCUGCCUCUUUGUUCUGCAUUGAAGAAGUUGGAGUUCUUAUAGAGGAUCCAUUUCCAAUGCUUGCGCUUAAUGAUCUCUGCCAAAAGGCCCAGAAUGACAUCCAAGAAGCAAUUGCAACCGAAAGUGUAAUUCAUGCACACCUCGCUGCAAAGCAAAACUACCAGUCUAAAGAACAUUCACCAAAUGGCCGGCCUACCUCCUAA